GAAAGUUGAAAUUGAAGACCUUUUAUCCACUUUGAAGAGCCUGGAGAAACCUUUAGAUGAAGAACAAUUUAAGGUCUUAUCAAACAGUGCAAUAGAUGGUGUGAGCAUGCCGUGUAUUUAUCAACAAUGUCGCGGAAGGCUGAUAUAAAAAACCUGAAGACCGUUCUAGACAACAUGGGAAUCAAGCUCACAGAUAAAGAACUUGAAGAUCUGCCACAAAGCCUGCCAGUCGGUGCUGAUAAUAAAGUGGCUCUGAAAGCAUUGGAGGAUGAAGUGAAAGCUUUUACUGAAAGAAAAGUGAUCUUAAAGGAUGUAAUUGAUGUUUUCACUAAUUCACCUAAACCAUCCACACCAUUCAACAAUUUAUUUAAAGAGAUUAAAACUCUUGAUAGUAUCAGAAAUGAUACAAUGCCUGUAAAUGAACUGAGCUCCAAACUUUUGAGUGCCGGAAUUCCAGUAAGCAACAAGACGUUCCAAGAGAUCUUGAGACAAGCAUCUGUUGAUGAAAAUAAUAAUGUAAGUCUCAAGAAAAUUUUGGAGAAUUUGAACACAAGUAAGCCAACUUCUGUAUUUGAAGAUAUAGACACUGCCCUCAGUACUGUCAGCUUGAUGAACUGUGACAGAGUUCAAGUUAGUGACUUGAAAAAUGCUUUUGAGGACCUCAAUAUUUCUUUAAAGCCUGAAGAACAUCAGAUGUUAGUGAAAACACUUGACGCUGAUGAAAAGGGAGACACUUCCCUAAAGAGUGCCAUUUUAGCAUUGAAAAGCAAUAGGCGUUUACAAGAUUUUAGAGAGGUUAACAAACUUGCAAAGGCCUUAGACAAGGUCACCAAUGAAAAACUUGAUGCUGAUGAUGUAAAUUCUGUACUGAAAGGCCUGGGGAUUUAUUUUCCAGAGGAAGAAUUACAGGAGGUGCUUGGAUCCGUUUGUGUUGAUAAAGAGGGGAAAGUGAACUUAAAAGAUUGCCUGAGUCAGUUGAUGCAAACACCGUAUUUUACUAAAGCUUCAAAAACAGAAGAUUCCUUGAAAGUUCUGGCCUCCAUUAAGAAAAACGUGGCAAACCCUGAUGACCUAGACUUCAUGUUGAAAACUGUAGGAGUUCCAUUACCCCAAGAUGUGAUUCAAAGAGCACUGAAGAAUGUGGCUCCCAGGGAGGAUGGGACAGUGAAUUUACAAGAGUUUAUGAGCAAUUUGGUCAAUUCAGGAUUUUCAUCUCUUCCUGAAACUGAUAAUAAAGUGAAGAAGAAGAAAGGAAUAAAAGAUAGUGCACCCAUAGGAGGGAAGAUUGAUGUCAGUAAUGUGGAUGCUAUUUUGAAAAACAUGGAUAUAAAACUUACAGAAGAAGAACAACAAUAUCUACUAGACCACCUGUCAGCUACUGCUGAUGAAGAUAUGGAUAUGAAUACAUUGACAGGGGUUGUGAAGAUGCUUAAAGAAAAAAUUGAGAUCUGUAACCUGGACAAUUUCCUGAAAGAUAUGGGGAUUGAGGUUACAUAUGAAGAAUAUACGGAGCUGGUAAAUCAUCUCCCAACCAGUGCUGAUGGGAAGGUAACUCAACUUCAAUUGAUGGAUACCAUAAAGACUCUUAAAGAGGGAAAAGUUGCUAUUGAUAACCUUGACACCAUUCUAGAGAAAAUGGAAAUGAAUUUCUCUGAUAAGGAAUUUGAAGAACUGUCACACAAUUGGCCAGCUGAUGGGAAAGUGAAACAUAUUAAACUAGUGCAUGCAGCUAUACCUGUUACAGGAGAGACAGUAGAUAUCAGAGACUUGGACAACGUACUAGGAAACAUGGGGAUUGAACUUACCAAAGAAGAACUUGGAGAGCUGACAAGAAACCUUCCAGUUGAUGCUAAAGGGGAGACUGAUUUGAAAUCAUUGAUGGAUACAGUGCAAGUUAUUACAGGAGGAGAAGUUGACUUCAAUGACCUGGAAAAUGUCCUGCAAAAUAUGGGGAUAGAGCUCACAUCUAGAGAACACUUGGAGCUAGAGAAAUUACUUCCAGUUGAUGCUAAUGGAAAAAUAUAUAAGAAUAGGUUGCUGAAUUGUGUGAAAGGUGUAAAAGAGUUGCAAGUCAACGUUCAUGACAUUGACAGUAUACUCGGAAACAUGGCAUUCAAACUCACAGCUGAGGAACUUAAUGAUCUAACCCCAAAUCUACCAGUGAAUGGUGAGAAACUUAAUAGCUUUGCACCCUCAAGAGAAUUUGGAUUCUUAAUAGCUUUGCACCCUCAAGAGAAUUUUGGCUGA